AUGGGACACAAUCAACACAGACAGAGCACUGCUACUGUUCGAAGUGACGACACCUCGCAACAAGGGAAAAAAGUAGCUACACAACGACGAAAUGCAUGGACUCGUGCGAGCACUCGCCCUGUGCGAAAAGAUAGUGGUGCGAAGGAUCAAGGGAGAGAGUCGGCGAAGAAAGCACACACCAGCCACACGCAUGAACGAAGAGAGGAGGGACGACCGUCCGUGGAUGAAAGACCAUCCGUAGCGGUACCGAAACAAGCUCCUCAGCAAGCACCUACUAAGCCGGAACAAGAUACUCGCCGAACGUCAACGCCGGCAGUAACGAAAUCGAAACGAGCUUCGCCCUCUCAGGCUCCUAAAUACAGGGAAUCAUAUGCAUCCACUACUUCGAGCCACCGUGAAUCAACUAUCCCAUAUUCAAGUCCUCUCGCUGGCACAGAAGGGUCUGCAUCAUCAUCAACUAUCUCUUCGUCGGGCAGUGAAUCGCCCAAGCCCAAGAUCUGGUUUAGUAAUAAUAGUAAUACGACUUCGCCGAUUCGCUACAUCAUGUCUCCAACCCCAAUAACGCACAAAAUGCCUCCAACCCCAAUAACGUACAAAAUGUCCCCAACCCCAGCAACGUACCCGUCGUUCACCUACACCGCAGAGCCUGUUAAUAUGUAUCCACGAACACAAGAAAGAGUUCGGACGACGACGAAGAAUCCGACAGUGAAAUGCCGGAGCAAUUGA